CCAGGUUACAGUACAGACAGCAGAUAGACUGGAAACAUCCCAGUGAGCUGGAGGCGCCGUUUCACUGUUGAUUGGAAGCUGCAGGCAGGAUGAAAGUGUUGAUCUUUUGUGUGGUGUUGAGUGCAUCCAUUGCUGGAACUUUACAGGAUGUUUUAGACAUCCAAAGGCAAGUAUGUUACACUCAGUGGUUUGACCGGGACGACCCCAGUGGCAAUGGAGAUUAUGAAACCCUCACUGACCUGAGAAAAGAAUAUCCUGGGAAGAUCUGCUCUCAACCUCUGACCAUUCAAGCUGUGACCAUGUCUGGUGUAGCUGCUGAAAAAUCUGGACAAGUCAUUCAAACGUAUGACACAGUGGUGGGCUUCACGUGUGUGAAUGCGCAGCAGAAGAAAGGGAACUGUUUGGACUACAAGGUGCGCUUUGGGUGCCCUUGUGCUCCACAAGUAUGUUACACUCAGUGGUUUGACCGGGACGACCCCAGUGGGUUUGGAGAUUAUGAAACCCUGGAACACCUGAGAACAGAAUAUCCAGGGAAGAUCUGCCCUAAACCUCUGAGUAUUCAGGCUACUACUAUCUCUGGUGUUCCUGCUGAACAAUCUGGAAAAGUGAUUCAAACGUAUGACACAGUGGUGGGCUUCGCGUGUGUGAAUGCUCAGCAGAAGAAAGGGAACUGUUUGGACUACAAGGUGCGCUUUGGAUGCCCUUGUGCUCCACAAGUAUGUUACACUGAGUGGUUUGACCGGGACAACCCCAGUGGGUUUGGAGAUUAUGAAACCCUCACAGACCUGAGAAAAGAAUAUCCUGGGAAGAUCUGCUCUCAACCUCUGAGUAUUCAGGCUACUACCAUCUCUGGUGUACCUGCUGAAAACACUGGACAAGUGAUUCAAACGUCUGACACAGUAGUGGGCUUUACCUGUGUGAACGCUGAUCAGAAGAAUGGGAACGGGUGUUUGGACUACAAAGUGCGCUUCGGAUGCCCAUGUCCCUUUCCUUAGUGGAGCAGCCUCUCCAGCUACAUAUAUAACAACAUAUGAACGAAUUAUUAGCCUUCUAGUAGAAAAUCAGACUCAGGCUUUCGCUAAUCAUUUUGAGUGUGAUGUAUCUUUUGUUUUCUGUGCUUUUCUUUCCAUAAAUUACACAAUAAAUCUGAUUCUAAAUGAGA